AUGUUCGAGCGUACUACAGCAAUUCUGAGUGCGAACAAUAUCAGUAAAAAUUCAUUACAAAUUCAAUUUGUUGCAUAUCGAAACUAUAAUAGUACAGAAGAUAAGAUUCUUCAAAGUUCUCGUUGGGAAAGCAAAGGUGCUAAUUUACGUGCAUUCAUGAAUACUAUCAAUAGUGAAGGAGAUUGGGGUAAUGAAGCUAUUGAAAUUGGUCUAUGGCAUAUUAAUAGAGAAAAUGAGAGAGAAGAUAUCACACAAGUUAUUUUGAUUGGUGAUGCACCACCAAAUACAAAAUCUGAAGUAAAACAGAAGAGAAAUCGUCGCGGAGAAGCAUAUUGGAAGCAAACAAAAUUUGCACAGGCAACUUAUUAUGAAGAUGAAUUAGCGAAGUUAAUAUCGAAAAGUAUUCCAGUACAUACUUUUUUUGUCGACAAUCGUGCAGAAGUCAUAUUUAAAGAAAUUGCUCAGCGAACAGGAGGAAAAUGUGAACGAUUAGAUAUAAAUUCUCCAUUAGGUGCAGAAAUGUUGACAAAGUUAGUAACAGAACCGAUUCUAAAUGUUCAUAGAAAUAAAAAAGGGAAUACUCUUAUUGAAACAUAUCAGUACAAGUUUGAAAAGUCCUAUGCAUAG